AUGGAUGGUAUGGACGGUAUGGAUUGUAUGGAUUGUAUGGAUGGUAUGGAUUGUAGGCGGAGGCCCCCAGGAAGUGGCAGUAGUGCAGGCUGUCAAGCAGCGUGUGCGCAUGCGAGAGGGAUUGCGAAUGACCAGGGAGGGCUUUUUGGGGCUUUUUUUCUUCAACUUACCAGUCCUUCCGCCACAGGCUCGGCCCUGUGGUAUCUUUGGGGAGACAUUGCCCUCUGGCGCGGCGAUGCAUGCGCCAUUCGUAAUGACCGUACUGACGAUGACGAUGGUGAUGGUGAUGACGAAGAUGAAGAUGAUAAAAAAGAAGACCACGAUGGGUUGGUGAUGUUAUUGAUAUGGUUGGCUGUUAGGUGA